AUGAGCAGCCUCGAGAAGAGCUUGUUCAAUUUGAAGUUCACAGCAAAACAACUGAACCGGCAAGCCGCCAAAGCGGGCAAAGACGAGACAGCAGAGAAGAACAAGCUCAAAAAGGCGAUACAACAAAACCACCCCGACAUCGCCAAGAUCUACGCCCAGAACGCGAUCCGGAAGCAGAACGAGAAGCUCAACCUCCUCCGGUUGGGCUCGCGGAUAGACGCCGUCGCCAGCAGGGUCCAGACGGCGGUGACGAUGCGGCAAGUCACCGGCAGCAUGGCGGGCGUGGUCCGAGGGAUGGAGGGCGCCAUGAAAGCCAUGGAUUUGGAAAAGAUCUCCGCCGUGAUGGACAAGUUCGAGACCCAAUUCGAAGACCUGGACGUCGCGACCGGCUACUACGAGAACGCGACGUCGUCCGCCACCGCCGUCGGAACGCCGCAGGACGACGUCGAUAAGCUGAUGCAUAUGGUCGCGGAUGAGGCGGGGGUGGAGUUGGGGGCGGAGAUGAAGGCGCCGGAGACGGGGGUGCCGGCCGCGAAGGUUGGGGCGGAGGAUGAGAGGGAAGAGGGGUUGGGGGAGAGGUUGAGGGCGUUGAGGAAUUAG